AGCCAAGGCGGAGGGGAAGUCUACGAGUAGGGGCGCUUGGAAAGGGGGCGCGCCCGGCCCUACUCCAUCUGUUAAGGCUCGCUUCAACCGGCUGCAGCCUGGGGCUUCCUGGUCCUGUUCAGCUUGGGUAGUACAUCCUGCUCGCACCGCGUGCGCGCGCGCGCGCGCACACACACGCGUACACACACACACACACACACACACACGCACACAGCCGGUGGCAUUGCUCCCUGCCCAGCCCCCCGCCCUUCGGUACCAACGCGGGGACCUCUGCGCCCGCGCCGCCAGCCCAAGGAGUCGCUCAGUGUCCCCGCGUGCGCCCAGCCGACACGCACGCCGUCUGCGCUCGGCCGCUGGGCAGCCUCUUCCUCCCGACUCCCAGCUUUUUGUUACAAGCUGCACUCGCCCGGCUUCCUCCUCCUUGGUUGGCGGCGCUAUAAGACUUGAUUGCUAUCGGGAUCCGCUGGGCUGGGGUCGGCGAGAGUCGAGGAGGAGAAACCAAAGACGGGCAAAUUUUUUUUUUUGUUUCUUCAAAAAGCCAUCUCCACCCACUCUUGAUUCAGGCUGGUGGCUACUUUAAUCCUCGCCAGGACAAUGGAUUAAGUUACUCUUCCCUAGCUCAGAAGUCGGGUUCAGACUCGGGGCAUCAUGAAGGAAAAGGCGAUGAUCAAGACGGCUAAAAUGCAGGGGAACGUGAUGGAGCUGGUGGGAAGUAAUCCGCCACAGAGAAACUGGAAAGGCAUCGCGAUUGCACUCCUGGUCAUUCUGGUCAUCUGCUCCUUGAUCAUCACCUCGGUUAUCCUGCUGACACCAGCGGAAGACAAUAGUCUGUCUCAAAAGAAGAAGGUCACUGUGGAAGAUCUUUUCAGUAAAGAUUUCAAAAUCCAUGACCCAGAGGCAAAGUGGAUAAGUGAUAAAGAAUUCAUCUACAGAGAACGGAACGGAUCUGUGAUAGUGUGGAAUGUCGAGAGCAAUUUUUCUGAAGUGUUAAUAGAAGGCAAAAAAAUUGAAUCACUAAAAGCCAUCAGAUAUGAAAUAUCUCCAGAUAGAGAAUAUGCGCUUUUUUCAUACGAUGUGGAGCCGAUAUAUCAACACUCCUACACUGGAUAUUACGUUCUGAGCAAAAUUCCUCAUGGGGACCCUCAGAGUCUGGACCCCCCAGAAGUCAGCAAUGCAAAGCUUCAAUAUGCAGGGUGGGGCCCCAAAGGCCAGCAGCUGAUAUUCAUCUUUGAGAACAACAUCUACUACUGCGCACAUGUGGGAAAGCAAGCCAUCCGUGUGGUCUCCACAGGGAAGGAGGGCGUCAUUUACAAUGGCCUCACUGAUUGGCUGUAUGAAGAGGAGAUCCUGAAGACCCACAUUGCACAUUGGUGGUCUCCAGAUGGCACGAGGCUGGCCUACGCCACCAUCAACGACUCCCGCGUGCCCGUGAUGGAGCUGCCGACCUACACAGGCUCGGCAUACCCAGCAGCGAAGCCGUAUCACUACCCCAAGGCGGGCAGUGAGAACCCCAGCAUCUCCCUCCACGUCAUCGGCCUAAACGGACCCACCCACGACCUGGAGAUGAUGCCACCUGAUGAUGCUCGGAUGAGGGAGUACUACAUCACCAUGGUAAAGUGGGCCACCAGCACCAAGGUGGCUGUGACCUGGCUGAACCGGGCGCAAAACGUGUCCAUCCUGACCCUCUGCGAUGCCACCACGGGGGUCUGCACAAAGAAACAUGAGGAUGAAAGUGAAGCCUGGCUCCACAGACAGAAUGAAGAGCCCCUGUUCUCCAAGGAUGGCCGGAAGUUUUUCUUUGUCAGAGCAAUCCCACAGGGGGGACGAGGAAAAUUCUAUCACAUCACAGUGUCAUCAUCCCAGCCCAACAGCAGCAAUGACAACAUCCAGUCCAUCACCUCUGGUGACUGGGAUGUGACCAAGAUCCUGUCCUACGAUGAGAAGCGCAAUAAGAUUUACUUCCUGAGCACAGAGGACCUGCCGCAGAGACGCCAGCUGUACAGUGCCAACACAGUGGGCAACUUCAACAGGCAGUGCCUGUCCUGUGACCUGGUGGAGAACUGCACCUACUUCAGUGCCUCCUUCAGCCACAGUGCUGACUUCUUCCUGCUGCAGUGCGAAGGUCCUGGGGUGCCCACAGUGACUGUACACAACACCACAGAUAAGAAAAAAAUCUUUGACCUAGAAACAAAUGAACAUGUGCAAAAGGCCGUCAGUGACCGACAGAUGCCUAAAAUAGAAUACAGGAGAAUUGAGGUUGAUGACUACAACCUGCCGGUGCAGAUCCUGAAGCCAGCCACAUUCACAGAAACGGCCCACUACCCCAUGCUCCUGGUGGUGGAUGGCACUCCAGGCAGCCAGAGCGUGGCCGAGAGGUUCCAGGUGACAUGGGAGACGGUGCUGGUGAGUAGCCACGGGGCCAUGGUGGUCAAGUGCGAUGGCCGAGGCAGCGGCUUCCAGGGCACCAAGCUCCUGCAGGAAGUGAGGAGGCGGCUGGGAUCUCUGGAGGAGAAGGACCAGAUGGAGGCUGUGCGGACAAUGCUGAAAGAGCAGUAUAUUGACAAGACGCGGGUGGCUGUAUUUGGACAGGACUAUGGUGGGUACCUGAGCACCUACAUCCUCCCGGCCAAGGGGGAAAACCAAGGCCAGAUGUUCACCUGUGGUGCAGCCCUCUCUCCCAUCACGGACUUCAAGCUCUAUGCAUCUGCAUUUUCUGAGCGGUACCUCGGCCUCCACGGACUCGACAACAGGGCAUAUGAGAUGACCAAGGUGGCCCACCGGGUGUCAGCGCUGGAGGGACAGCAGUUCUUGCUCAUUCAUGCCACUGCGGAUGAAAAAAUCCACUUCCAGCACACGGCUGAGCUCAUCACACAGCUCAUCAAGGGAAAGGCCAACUACAGCUUGCAGAUAUACCCAGACGAAAGCCACUACUUCCACAGCCCUGCCCUCAAGCAGCAUCUGUACCGGUCCAUCAUCAACUUCUUCGUGGACUGCUUCAGGAUCCAGGACAAGCUCCUGACAGCCACAGCAAAAGAGGAUGAAGAGGAGGACUGACUGCCUGGCAUCCCUAAGCACAGAUGGCUCUCUCCACAACAAUAUGCAAAGCGGAAUCUCCUGCUGCUCCCUCUUCCCUCCCAGGGUGGGUAGGGCGGAGAUGCGGACCUUCCCUAGCAUGUGUGUCUCAGACUUGGAAGGCAGUUUGGCGCGGGAGAUGUGACCCCACGCAGCCCGGCACCCCGUUCAGCAGUAUUGCCUCCUCCUGGCCCCACAGUGACGAGCACAUCCCACAGCCCCCCACACCCCUAAGGG